GACCGCUCAUCGUUCCCAUCGAAGAGAAUUACAUGAACACGUCAUUGUGUUUCGGGGGGCCGACUCAUCGUCAUGCUGAACGUCAAGUUACGUCACGCGAACGUGGUAUCCCGGAUGUUGAUACCACUACUGCGGCUCUUCCGGUCCGAACCUCAAUGAAGUCUUUUUAGCAUCCCAACUCUAGGCUUGGUUCUGGAUUUGUUACAUUUUUUACAUGCCUGGAUAAAUAUGUAUUCAUAGAUAUUAUACAUUGAUAGGUAUUUAGGAAGUAACGCACUUACGACAUGUCUCAGGAAAUAUCCCAGGCUGUGCUCACGACUACUAACUCCAGGUGCCAGUGAUGAUAUUUCAACCUUUCCGCGUGACCCCACACAGCCCAAAUAAAGAUGAAGUCCAAAGGGCCAUUGUCACCAGCAAGACCCCAAUCCAGAAGCUGCAUGAGUACGGCACCAAACACGGCAAAAUCCCCACCUAUGUGCUGGAGAAAGCCGAAGGCGAGGCCCACCGGCCCAGCUUCGUGUUUAGCGUGACCAUCGGCGACGUCUGCGCCAAAGGUGAAGGUGUCAGUAAAAAAGCAGCCAAGCACAUGGCUGCCGAAGAUGCGCUGCACCUCCUACAGGUGGACACUGUAGCCACGAGUCUCCCCGUGAAGUCCGAGAGUAACGAUGUUGUAGCAGAAUCAAACGGCCACGCCAACUCAGUGGGCACACUGCAGGAGCUGUCCUUACAGAAGGGUUGGCGUCUUCCCAAGUACACGACGCUAAUGGAGACCGGUCCCCCGCACAUGCAAGAAUUCACCAUCACCUGUGCAAUGGAGUCCCUGUCAGAGACAGCUGUCGGAAGCUCCAAAAAAGCGGCAAAGAAGGCAGCCGCUGAGAAGAUGGUGGCCAAGCUUCAGAGUCUGUCAGGCUCCUCUGAAAUCACAUGGACGCCUGAACCAAGGGUGCCAUUCGAGAACCUUAAGAAUUCAUCGGCCGAGAAAAUCUCCUUCAUUAGGAGGAACCCGCUAAGCAUGCCCAACACAGACUACAUUCAUCUUAUGGCCGAGCUGUCUGAGGAGCAAAGCUUUGACGUCGCCUACUUGGACAUCGACGAGCUGACGGCCAACGGGCAGUACCAGUGCCUGGUAGAGCUCUCCACCUCCCCCGUCACCGUGUGCCACGGCACGGGCAUCUCCCGCGGCAAUGCACACAACGCCGCCGCACACACCGCCCUCCAGUACAUCAAGAUUAUGGCCUCAACGAAGCAAAACGCACAAACUGGAACAGAAGGUACAUUUUAACAGAAACUUCAGCCAACUGGAUGUCAGGACACGAAGGCGCAUUAAUGUUUUAUUUUAUGAAUUUAUGUGGCAGAAAGCUAGCAAAAUGAAGCACUUGACAAAGAUUGAAAUGCUGUUCAGGGAGGCAUUUGUGUUGGACUUGACAUAAUGUGUACUCCAUGCCCACCCAUGUCCAAAAAUAAAACUACUGAAUGGAGAGA